UACACCCUUUAUAAGAUGGACUGACCACGAGAACCUGGCUUAUCUCCGUUCCGUCAAGUGGCUGAAUCCGGCAAGCUUGUUGGGCUUUAUUUCUUAUCCGGUUCAAUUUCUGCCUCUCCUUUCGCCCUGGUUCACUCAAUGGCAAGCCUGAUGCCCUCUCCCGGGUGUAUGCAAAACCCUCCAGCCCAACUGAACCAGAAUCUAUCCUCCCUUCCUCGUGCUUCGUUGGAGCAGCCACUUGGAAAAUCGAACAGGCUCUGACGUCCUCACAAAUCAAAACCUGGAAUACACUCUUUGUUGCGUUGCUGCUCGCCAUCCUGCCUCCUGGUGCACCUUCCUCCCAUGGGUGGAAUAUGUCCACAACUCCCUCACCAGCUCUGCCACAGGUAUGACUCCCUUUAUGGCAUGUUAUGGUUUCCAACCUCCAUUGUUCAAAGAUCAGGAGCAUACAGUGGCGGUUCCUGUGGUAAAGGAGCAUCUUCGACGGGUCCAGUAUGUGUGGAAGGACGUCAGGGCUGCUUUAACUCGCUCGAUGGAGAAAAAUAAGCGGCUGGCGGAUCUUCUUCGAUCUCAGAUGGCUUGGCUCCCCUCCCGUGAUAUUCCACUCCAAACUGAAUCCCCACUGUGUGGAAACCUCGCAAAAUGUGGAGCAGCCUCCGGGAGGGAUGAGCUGCAGGGCAACUGAGGAGAAGACCACAUACGAGAAAAUAAAUCCAAGAAAAAAAUAUUUUUGUGCAGGUAGUUUUUCCAAGGAAGUGCAAGGAGACCAAUUCAGACAGAUGAUUGCAGUCUGUGCAAGUGUGUGUCAGUUACAGUGUGUGUGUGUGUGUGCGUGUGUGUGUGUGUGUGUGAUGCGCGCCUUGGACUCUGCUUCUGCGAUGUAAAGGUGGAUUUCGACAUGUGAAGGAGCAGGUAACAAGGGCCUGAUCGUGAUGGUGUUCUGGACGUAUAACGAGCUGUGUGAUGAGAGUGGGCAACAUGGGUAAAAGAGUCAUGCAACGCCCAGCCCCACACUACCACAUCCUCCUGGGUGGAGCGCUGCUGCUUCUUCUGGCCAGGUUGACCAUGAGCUGCCCUGCUCGAUGUGAGUGCUCUGCCCAGAGCAAGUCAGUGAGCUGCCACCGCAAGCGUCUAAGCACCAUCCCUGAGGGCAUCCCCAUCGAAACUCGAGUCCUGGAUCUCAGCAAAAACAAGCUACGCAUAAUCACACCCGACAACUUCUCGUCAUUCCAGCUUCUGGAGGACCUGGAUCUCAGUGACAACCUCAUCAGUGUAGUGGAAACUGGAUCAUUUCGUUCUCAACUAGCUCUCCGAUCCCUAAACUUCCGCAGUAACGUGAUCCAGCUGGUUCCUGCAGGCGUGCUGUCUGGCCUGACCAACCUCACUCGGCUUGACCUCAACCACAACAGACUUGUGGUUCUACUAGACCAUGCCUUUCAAGAUCUGCACAAGUUGGCAUCCCUCGAGGUGGGUGACAACGAACUUGUUUUCAUCUCUCAGAGGGCGUUCAUGGGAUUAACUGGACUUCAAAAUCUGACGCUGGAACGUUCCAAUCUCACUGUGGUCCCUACUGAUGCUUUGGCACAUCUGCACAACCUGGUCGAACUACGUAUGCGCCAUUUGAGCAUUAGUUUUCUGAAGCCUUUCUCUUUUAAAAGGCUAUUCCGUCUCCGCCGACUAGAGAUUGAUUAUUGGCCCUGUUUGGACACACUACCCCCGCUGUCACUACAUGGCCUCAACCUCACAACAUUGUUCAUAACCAACACUAACCUGUCUGCUUUCCCUGGUGCAGCAUUGCGCCACCUGCCCUACCUCACUCACCUCAACUUGUCGUUCUCCCGAAUUCGGCAUAUCCAUCAAGAAGAGCUUGGGAACCUCCCACAUCUGAAGGAGCUCUGUCUCCAAGGGGCUCAGCUUGUCUCUAUUGAACUCUUUGCAUUUAUUGGCCUCAUAUCUUUGCAACUGCUGGAUGUGUCACAAAAUCGCCUGGACUCUCUGGAGAGGGGGGUUUUUGCAUCACCAGACAGCCUCCAGAGGCUUUGUCUGGGUGGAAACCCAUUGGUGUGUGACUGCAGAUUGCUUUGGUUGCUGAAUAGCUACAAGCCCCCCUCUCUUCAUAUUCUUGAUAUGCAGCCGGAGUGCAGUGCCCCUGAGUACCUGCUGGGGAAAAAACUGCGUGAACUCAAGGAACCACUGGUCUCGCAGUACAUGACCUGCACCAAGCCUCGAAUUGGACCAAGCAUAACACAGCUGCUGAUGAUUGACGAGGGUCAGCCUGCCCGUUUGAGCUGCCUGGCAGAGGGAGAACCAAGACCCUCAGUGGUCUGGAUUACACCUCACAGACGCUACAUCACAGCCAAGAGCAGUGGCAGGGUGGAAGUCCAACCAGAUGGCACCCUGGAGAUCAAGGCUGCGGAGUUGCAUGACAGCGGGGUGUACUUGUGUAUUGCAAGUAACCCUGCUGGCAAUGCCAGCUUGUCUGCCUCUUUAGCUGUGAAGAGUCUGGGCAUUAGAGACAGCUCUUACAAUAGCAACAGGAGCUCAAAUUAUUUGACAAACUCUAACAGCACUGGUGGGAAUGGGACUGUGUUGUACAACAUGACAGUCCCCAUAGACAUUAAAACUAUUAUUAUAUCCACAGCCAUGGGCUGCCUGUCCUUUCUAGGUGUGGUCGUUUUCUGCUUCCUGCUUCUGUUUGCCUGGAGCCGAGGGAAAGGACGUCAUAAGAGCAACUUUGAUAUUGAAUACGUCCCACGCAAAACCAAUGGGACCUCAGCUGAAGUGACAGAAACAAGUGGCCCUCGACGAGUCAAUAUGAAAAUGAUUUGAACAUGAAGCAGACUGAUGCACACAAUACCAACAACAACAAGUUUUUUUCUAUGACACAGUGGAAUUGUGACAAAUGAUGUACUAAUAUAGUGGCUGUCGAUGAAUGCGAUCUUGUGAUCAUGUGAAUAUCAAAGUGAAACCGUGAACGUGUUUAUAUGAAAUAUGUAAUUAUGUCCUUACAUUACAUUAAUAUAAUACUAUAACCAACAUAUCAAUAUGGAAGUGAUCUAGUGUUGCACUUGGCAUGUGUAUCAGUGGUGAUGUGAUGAGUAAUGAUGUUGUCAACUAUCCCUAACAUCAAAGUGAAGGACGGAGCCACUGGGGGUUUGGGGGAUAUUCGGAACGCAGUGAUAGCUAUCAUUGCUGCAAUAUGUCAGGACUAAAUUGUCUUGUACCCAUCUUAGCUGCAGUGUGAAAGGUGUGUGCUGUAAUCAGGUGUGCGUGCAUCAGUGUAUGCAUGUUGCAUUUGUCUUUCUUUGUGCAUGUGCACGCAUUGCCUUUUUUAUGUAAGAGAAAUAUUAAAAAGAUGGGGCCCAGGCCUUUGUUCUUGUUGAGUCAUUGUCACUGCUGGAUAAAACAGGAUGUUAUAUGUUUUGUUUGGAAAACUCCCACUUAUUCUCAAAAAGAAAUGCUGCAUCCAUUUAGAAAUAGUGGCCCUCAUGCAAUGGAGUCUAACAUAUGGUGAAUUAACUCAGGGGAACAUUAUGCUGUAAUUUAUUGUGAGGUGUGAGCUUUGUAUUGUCCGUAGAGUUCACUUUCCAGCAGGACAAGACACUUCUCCUUAGAAAUAACACGAGUCAAAGGCGUUAUCACAAGAGAAAAGCUUCCAGCAAUAGAAAUGGCAUGUUAAAGCUGUUUGAUAACAUAAUAAAUCACAGGCAGUUUUUGCUGCCAGAAAAAAAAACAAAAUCCCUUGACAUGAUAUAAAAGACUCUGUGGCCGGACACAAUGGCAAAGAUUUACUGGCUUGUGCCCUCUUUGGGACAAGACAAAGUUAAGCCUCACAGAUUUAUGGCUUAAAUUUCUCCUCAUAUUUCUUUGAUCAUACCUCUUCAAUUCCUCACUGGGGUGCCAAGGGGCUCUGGUCAUUUAAUAGGUGUCAAUUUCGAGUUUGUAGUAGAAACUUGUAAUGUUAUGUUUCUUUGUUGGGAAACAUUUUCAGUGUUUGUUGUGUGGAGUUUUGGCAAACCAGUUAAGGGCAUAUCUUUGUAUUACAGGGAUGUGGGUGUUUAUUUGUGUAAUUUUGUUGUGAUAUAAUAUUCAAAAGUUGUAUAAUUGUUUUCGUAUGACAAAUUUAUGGGUAU